AUGGACUCGGGUUCGAAAAAGCCCUCGCACAGCAUCUCGAAUGCUUCACAGACAUGUUUGAAUCUAUUUCAGUCAUGUCGCUCGCAAAACCCAGACGCCUUCGCUGAGCUCGAAGCGGCAGAGCGCCGGUUUCGGGCUUGGACGAACAACUUGAAGGUGUUCAGCCAGGGUGCCAGCCUAGAUACGCAGCUGCGUGCAGAGAGAUAUGGCCAGAUCCGGCAAAUGGUCAUGCUUCUUCUGAACGUUUUGAACGAGAACCUAUCUCUCGCACUCAAAUUUGUCUCUCCAGGUCAAAUAAAGCCCUCUGAUCAACCACUUCUUGAAGUCCCUCUGUUCGGCAUCGAUGGGUCUUUAAAACGCUUGGAGAAGGUCGCCGCCGUCAUCCUUCAAGCGACGCAAGGCAGCUUGAUCAAGAGAACCAUCGUCUUCGCAGAGAAGCAUGACGACUUCCAAAAGCUCUCCAGGACAUUUUCCAUGGUCAUCCUCUCGCGAUACCGUGGACUAGGACCGAAGGAUAGACCGGAGAAUAUGCCUCUGGAAAUAUCAGAAGACCUCAUCCCUACCAAGGACAAACUUUUGGCGCCACGUCCGGAUGGCUUGUUUCUUGCUCUCGUGAAGACUUCUAUUGUCAGACACUUUAGGAUAUUGUAUGAGCGCGACAGAAGAGACAGAGAGAACAGGGGAUUAGCAGCGCCAGCUAUGGAAACGCCAACACCGCAAGUUUCCAAUCCAGCAGAGGGCGAUACUAUUCCGAGACAGUUCAACCUCUCUCAGUCGAAUAAAUUGGCAUCCGGUGAGGCAAACCAGACCGCCGAACGAGGCGAUGAGGCACAAUCUGAGAAACAGCCGACAGUGUUGUCGAUUGAUGUGGAUGGUUUCAAUACAGGUAUUGCUAGGACCGACUCUGGCAGUACCAGUGCUCACGGGAAAUCCGCUUCCCCCGUCUCUGAGACUGGCGUGGCGUCAUAUCCUAGGGCACCCAAGAUUCCUGACGGGCAGAAAGAAGGCACCUGUCCAAUAUGCAAGCAGGUGUUGCCUGCAGAAGAGUUGAAGGGCGCCAACUGGAUAAUCCACGCUACCAAGGAUAUCAAGCCUUAUGUCUGCAUAUUCGGGGACUGCAUGUCGAAUAUCCAGUUCUUCGAGCGCCGCAGACAUUGGAUCAACCAUAUGCACAAGGUUCACACGCCUCUUUGGAUUCGGUACCUGCACAAUCCAUUGAGGUGGAACUGCUCGCUAUGUCAUUCGGCCUCUGCCGCGGUUUUCAUCUCAAAAGAAGAGACGGAAGCGAGUUUCAUCGAGCAUCUUCAGCAGUCACACCCUCACACUGAAAACAGGGAAUGGCAACACUUGGUCAGUAGUAGUAUGGUGCCUCAGCCUCGGUCGUCAGAAUAUUGCCCAAUUUGUGGAACUCUUCACCAACCACGGGCUAUCCCACAACCUGAGCAUCAAUCAGAGGUCACGAAGGGGAAUACCAGAGCUGGAACUCAAGGCUCAGGGGCCUGGGCAACCAAGGACGCUUCUAAAUCUCAGCGUAAGCCUAAAGUUGGGUUUGCUACUCUGGAAGCAUCGGAUGGUGAAGAUAGAAAGCGCUCAGCGGAGAAUUCAUCGCCAAAACCGUCAACCUGGCGCUCGACCCGAGCAACGGAUGACCACGGAGUCGAAAACUGCAUUGCCGAGCAUCUUAGAGCACUAGCUCUCAAUUUUUCAACCCGUCUUAUUGAUGAUGGCCAACGGGAUUCCGAUGUACCAUCAGGUCGAAGUUCAGACAGUGACUGGUUCGAACUCGAAGAUCUGCCAGAAGUAAGCUCCGAAGAUGAGUCGCCAAGGCUUCCCUCAGGUAAAUGCGACGAAAUAGACAGGUUCCCCAUUCCGGACAAGGAGAAAGUCGAAAUGAAGAAAUGCAUCGCCAAAAAUCUCCAAGACCUUCGCAUGAAAUCCGACGAGCAAAUUAACUGGAACUUCAGCUGGCUCGACGGUUAUCGAGUUAUUGAGCCUAACAUCUCCGAUGAAGAGCGGGAAAGAUCGUUCCCAGACGACUGCCGUCGGGGAAACGAUAUUAUUUGGAGUGGAAUGGACCCUAAGUGUGUUCCAGCAUAUGUUGCGUGUCUCUUCAUGAUCGUCGAACUUUGCAGGAGGGUGCUCUUGAGCAGCGAGAUGGAGGGAAACGAUAACAAGUCGAGUGUUCAGGAAUGCCUGAAUCAUGCAGAAGCUUUCUCGAAAGUUCGGCAAGCCAUCUUUAGUAACCUAGAUCCUGAGGACAAAGUCCAGAAAAGUCGUUUUGUCUCGGCUGUUGAGCAAGGCGCCAAGGAUGCGGAAGACAUCCGAGCGCAAUUAUCGUCUACAUCUGGAGCGUCUACGAUGCCUGAUACCGUCAGAGCAGCCAUUACCAAGAAGCUAUUGGAGACUGAGAGAAGGCUAUAUUUCCACCUAGGCCUAGCCGAUGUGGAUGGCUGUAUCAAUGACAUCCUGAAGGUUGACACGACUGUAGUGUUUGAUACCUAUCUGGGCGAUCCCCGCCAGCAUGCGAUCGAAGACGUCUUAGCCGCCAUUAGAAGUGGAAAUUUCGAGCUUCAAGAAGUCGUCGCAGCGCAUAUCGACACGUUGGUCAAAAUUUCGCCCAGCGGCGCUGGGCACGUCAUGGACAUGGCCCGACUAUCGCCUCGGGACAAGAGCAAAGUUGCUGAGUUGGCCCAGAAAAUGAUGAACACUGCCUCGGAACAGCAGCAGCAGCAACAAGGGAUGACUCAGAACCCUAACAAGCCUAUGUAUUUUGCAAUACCCAACACCGGAGAGGGUGCCUUGAUCCUCUCAUUCUUCUUCCACGGUCAUGGCACUGAACUCCAAAAGACGCCGUUAGGCCUCUUCCGGUCGCUCCUUCACCAACUCCUCCGCCAGGCCUCUGAGGCACUGGAAGACAAAAACCUUGUGGCCACUUUCCAACAACGGUGCGAAACUGUUGGCAAGCCGGGCGAAGAGUGGCAGUGGCAUCCGAGCGAGCUGCCACGACUCCUCGAAUCAUCGCUUCUAAAAGUCUUAGAGACUCAUUCAGUCUGGUUAUUCGUCGACGCGUUAGACGAAUGUGGCAAAGAGAACGCGGUGAAGCUAGUCAAGAUCUUCAAGUCCUUGCUCCAGGGGCUCCCGUCCAAUGACUUAAAAGAGUUUCGCAUCUGCUUCACUUGUCGUCAUUACCCUAUUCUGGACCUAGGUGGCGUAUUCGAAGUAUGCUUAGAGGAUGAGAGCCGGAAGGAUAUCGCGACGUUCGUGCAACACGAGCUUUCUUCGUUCCGUGAACGAAUAUCCACGAUUCCGGAUUUGAUCACGGAACGCGCCGACGGCGUUUUCUUAUGGGCGAUGCUUGUGGUGAAGAGAGUUCUGGAUCUUGAGCUAGAGGGUGCAGGAUUGAAGCAAAUUGAGGCCGUCAUCCUUUCGGUCCCCCAAGAGCUCGAUGCCUUAUACCGCGAACUCAUCCAAAGCAUGAGUCCGGACUCGCUGAAACUCAUCCAGUGGAUCUGCUUUGCCACGCGGCCUUUGUCACUGGAUGAAUUGCGAUGGGCUAUGCUUAUCGACGCCGAUUGCCUAUACCGGUCAUUGCGCGAAUGCCAGAGCGCAGGGGACUACCCAUCCGACGACGACGGGAUGAAGAGGCGAGUCCAGACGCUGAGCUGCGGUCUUGCCGAGGUCACAUCGGAUGCGAAGGUUAUCCAGUUCAUCCACCAGUCCGUCAAGGACUUUUUCGUCGAGAAGGGCCUAUCGGCUCUGGACGAGUCGGCCAAAACCGACUCUGUAGUCGGAAUCGCACACCAUCGGCUUUCCAGGACCUGUAUACGCUACUUGGCGAUGGAGGAGAUCGGUCGGUCGAGAACAGAGCGAGCUGGCAUUGAUAUCGACUGCAAAAAUACCGAUGGCCAGACGCCGCUGUCGCAGGCUGCCUUGGGCGGGUACGAGACUGUCGUGCGGCUGCUCAUCAACCAUGGCGCCGCCGUCAAGGAGCCAGACAAGGAGGGCCGGACGGCACUAUGGUGGGCCACUUGGGGAGGGCAUGAGGCCGUUGUGCAGCUGCUCGUCGACCAGGGCGCCGACGUCAAGGAGCCAGACAAGGACAGACGGACGCCGCUUUUACAGGCCGCUUGGGCCGGGAAUGAGGCUGUUGUGCGGCUGCUCCUGGAGAAGGGCGGCGCUAUCGAUGCACCGGACAAGGAAGGACGGACGCCGCUUUUGCAGGCCGCAUGGAAAGGGCAUGAGUCCAUCGUGCGGCUGCUCCUAGAGAAGGGCGCCGCCAUCGAUGCACCGGACAAGGAACGACGGACGCCGCUUUCGCAGGCCGCUUGGGCCGGGAAUGAGGCCGUCGUGCGGCUGCUCCUCGGCGGGGGAGCCCAUACCGAGACGGCGGACAAGCGGGGCCGGACGCCGCUAUCGUGGGCCGCCGAGAACGGGCAUGAGGCCGUCGUGAGGCUGCUCCUAGAGAAGGGCGCCGCCAUCGAUGUACCGGAUAAGGAAGGACGGACGCCGCUUUCGCAGGCCGCUUGGGCCGGGAAUGAGGCCGUCGUGCGGCUACUCCUAGAGAAGGGCGCCGCCAUCGAUGCACCGGACAAGGAAGGACGGACGCCGCUUUCGCAGGCCGCUUGGGCCGGGCAUGAGGCCGUCGUGCGGCUACUCCUGGAGAAAGACGCCGCCAUUAAUACACCAGACAAGAACAGACGGACGCCGCUUUCGCAGGCCGCUUGGGCCGGGCAUGAGGCCGUCGUGCGACUGCUCCUAGAGAAGGGCGCCGCCAUCGAUGCACCGGAUAAGAACAGACGGACGCCGCUUUCGCAGGCCGCUUGGGCCGGGAAUGAGGCCGUCGUGCGGCUACUCCUGGAGAAAGACGCCGCCAUUGAUAUACCGGAUAAGGAAGGACGGACGCCGCUUUCGCAGGCCGCUUGGGCCGGGAAUGAGGCCGUCGUGCGGCUACUCCUGGAGAAUGACGCCGCCAUUGAUGCACUGGAUAAGGAAGGACGGACACCGCUUUUGCAGGCCGCUUGGGCCGGGCAUGAGGCCGUCGUGCGGCUACUCCUGGAGAAAGACGCCGCUAUCGAUGCACCGGAUAAGGAAGGACGGACACCGCUUUUGCAGGCCACUGGGGCCGGGCAUGAGGCCGUCGUGCGGCUACUCCUGGAGAAAGACGCCGCUAUCGAUGCACCGGACAAGGAAGGACGGACACCGCUUUUGCAGGCCACUGGGGCCGGGAAUGAGGCCGUCGUGCGACUGCUCCUGGAGAAAGACGCCGCUAUCGAUGCACCGGACAAGGAAGGACAGAUGCCGCUUUCGCAGGCCACAUGGAGAGGGCAUGAGUCCGUCGUGAGGCUGCUCCUAGAGAAGGGCGCCGACGUCAAGGAGUCAGACAAAGAGGGACGGACGCCGCUUUUGCAAGCCGCAUGGAAAGGGCAUGAGGCCGUCGUGCGGCUACUCCUAGAGAAGGGCGCCGCCAUCGAUGCACCGGAUAAGGAAGGACGGACGCCGCUUUCGCAGGCCGCUGGGGCCGGGAAUGAGGCCGUCGUGCGACUGCUCCUCGGCGGGGGAGCCCACACCGAGACGGCGGACAAGCGGGGCCGGACGCCGCUAUCGUGGGCCGCCGAGAACGGGCAUGAGGCCGUCGUGAGGCUGCUCCUAGAGAAGGGCGCCGCUAUCGAUGCACCAGACAAAGAGGGACGGACGCCGCUUUCGCAGGCCGCUGGGGCCGGGAAUGAGGCCGUCGUGAGGCUGCUCCUAGAGAAAGACGCCGCCAUCGAUGCACCGGACAAGAACAGACGGACGCCGCUUUCGCAGGCCGCUGGGGCCGGGCAUGAGGCCGUCGUGAGGCUGCUCCUGGAGAAAGACGCCGCUAUCGAUGCACCGGAUAAGGAACGACGGACGCCGCUUUUGCAGGCCGCUUGGGCCGGGAAUGAGGCCGUCGUGCGGCUACUCCUGGAGAAAGACGCCGCCAUUAAUACACCAGACAAGAACAGACGGACGCCGCUUUCGCAGGCCGCUUGGGCCGGGAAUGAGGCCGUCGUGCGGCUACUCCUGGAGAAGGGCGCCGCCAUCGAUGCACCGGAAAAGGAAGGACGGACGCCGCUUUCGCGGGCCGCUUGGGCCGGGCAUGAGGCCGUCGUGAGGCUGCUCCUGGAGAAAGACGCCGCUAUCGAUGCACCGGAUAAGGAAGGACGGACACCGCUUUCGCAGGCCGCUUGGGCCGGGCAUGAGGCCGUCGUGCGACUGCUCCUAGAGAAGGGCGCCGCCAUCGAUGCACCGGACAAGAACAGACGGACGCCGCUUUCGCAGGCCGCUUGGGCCGGGAAUGAGGCCGUCGUGCGGCUACUCCUGGAGAAUGACGCCGCCAUUGAUGCACUGGAUAAGGAAGGACGGACACCGCUUUUGCAGGCCGCUUGGGCCGGGCAUGAGGCCGUCGUGCGACUGCUCCUAGAGAAGGGCGCCGCCAUCGAUGCACCGGACAAGAACAGACGGACGCCGCUUUCGCAGGCCGCUAGGGCCGGGCAUGAGUCCAUCGUGCGGCUGCUCCUCGGCGGGGGAGCCCACACCGAGACGGCAGACAAGCGGGGCCGGACGCCGCUGUCGUGGGCCGUCGAGAACGGGAAUGAGUCCGUCGUGCGACUGCUGCAAGUCGAUGCUGCUCAACCUUCGUCGACUCCGUUGUCUUGA